AUGGAGGGUCAGCAUCGAAUUGAACAGCUCCUCAACCAAAACAGGAACCUUUCUGAAGGGUUUCAGGAGAUGGCACUGCGUCUAAAGCGUUUGGAAAAUCUUUCUCCAAUUCCCCCUUCUACCCCAGUUUCCAAAAUUUCUAACGGCAUGACUAAAGCUACCUUACAGAACGCCGCAUCACCAAGGACAUCAACGCAUUUGCCUCAGUCGUCUACUUACUCCAUUUCGAAGUCGGAGGGUUUUUCGCGGCUUGCGGAACUGGAUGCGAUGGUGCAGAAAAUGCUGAGUCCUGGUUUAGGGCACGAGUCGCUCCGAAAAACGUCCUCCUCUAGGCAUACAGCACAACGACAGCUUUCUCUGAGUGGAAGCCCCAAACUUCCCAGUCUUUCUCCGUUGCAGUCGGGUCGAAGUGCGGUAGCCAAUGGCGGCACACGGUUAUCGGGCACUGAGAACUCCUCCAGCCCCGGUGGUAGCAACUCGCUAGGUCUCCCUCCUCCCCUGCAAAUGCCCUAUCGCAGUUCGGGUGGUGAAGACGGCUUUUUAGAACUAGCCAAUCGAUCGUCAGUACCAAAUGAGGAAAAGGUGAGUGAGCCCGAAAUUGAACUGCAAGUUUAG